GUCAUUGAAGGAUUCAAGUAUAUAUAACAGGUUCUCUGCGUCUCCUAAUUGUCCCCAAAAGAAUGACCAAUUACAAAGACACCAAAGCCAUUCAAUAUGAAGACUUCUUACCAUCUCCCUGUUCUAGCGCUGGCUUACACGGGCGCCGCUGACAACAUCAGCAAUGUAACGGUAGACCCAGCAACUUACAACGCCACUUCAUCCGUGUCCAUCUCUGGCUACAACGUCUCCAGCAAUGACACAGGCGCUCACUCCUACUGGACUAUCACCAGUGGCCUCGUUGACCAGCCGAAGCAGGUGCUCAACGUCAUCACGCUCCAGGACGCGGAUCUCAAGGCCGGCAACCAGGACUGGGAAGUCUGCAUCGGCGUAUACUGGGGCAAACGCAGAAAGGAUACCAAGCCAGUGCCAAAGGACUGCACUGGCUUCUUGAGUGACAAGUGCAUCGAGGGGCUCAAGAAGACGGGCUCCAAGGGCGACGGUGCAGGCUGCUCGCUGCAAACUGUGCCUGCUGAAUGCGAGCUUACCGAUGGCGUUAACUCACAUUACCGUGGAACGGAGCUGGCUUAUGUGACAGACGGCCGCCUCACGCUCACCAGCUCAAGCCGGGAGAAGACGGGCAAUGGCACCGCCGAGUACGAUAGCUAUGUUGGCAACGUCACCGUUGUGUCUACCUACUGGUCGUACAACCACACCGGAAAGCCACUGGGCGAUGUCCAGCUCAGUUGUAUGGGAUUUGACAGCUUCAAAGAGGGCAGCAGAAACGCGACGGCCGUUUUACCGGCUGCGUCUUCGGCACCAGCUAUCAAGAUGUCACUGUGGUUGGUGGGUAUUGCUGCGCUGCUAGUGGCACUUUGAACGGGAAGCAUAUUAUGUAAUUAGUGUUUUGAAUACCUUA